AUGCAGGUGGAUAGAUCUCAACGUUCCGUUUUCGUGGGAAACAUAUCUUACGAGGUUCCCGAGGAAACGAUCCGUCAGAUUUUUUCUAAAGUAUGUUUUCUGGUUGUUUUUACGCAUUUCUAUCUCAUCAUAUGUUUUGUUUUUAAUACGCUUAAUUGCGCAUCUAAGGUUGGACAUGUCGUUCAUAUCAAAAUGGUGCACGAUAGAGAAACUGGCAAGCCAAAGGGAUAUGGAUUUAUUGAGUAUGAGGUGAAUGGUCGGCAACUUCGUGUAGACAGUGCAGCGGGAGGUGAUCGGAGUGCCGAUGAAAUACAACAGCUACAAGCUGCGUUGAGCGCUGCUCAAGUUGAAGAGAGCCCCUAUGGACCUGAGCCAGAAGAAGGUCGCGCGCCAGAGGUAGCUGCGUGGAAUUUCAAUCUUCAUUCUUAUUUAGAGUGGAUUCAGGCUAUCUCUCGUACCGUGGCAUCGCUUCCACCUGAGAAGAUGUUCGAGCUGAUGAAACAGAUGAAGGACGUUGUACGAUCAAAUCCAAGUGAAGCGAAACAAAUGCUUGUCCAAAAUCCGCAGCUCGCAUACGCCCUUCUUCAAGCUCAGGUAGUGAUGCGCAUUGUUGACCCUCAAGUCGCUAUUGCUAUGUUACAUAGAGAACCGGCAGCUUCAACGGUGCCUUUCCAUCAGAUGCCUUUUGCUGGCACAGCUGGACCAGUUGCUGCUCCUGUUUCUCAGGGCGGAUUUGUGGCUCCACCGCAGCAAGUAUAUGGCCGAAAUCCAGCUGCUCCAGCGCAAGUAUGUCUCUACGGUAAUGCUGAACCCCCGCAACAGCCUGAAAUCACUCCGGAUGAGCAGCAUAAUGCGGAAUUGUUGGUGCAAGUCAUGCGACUCACUGAAGCCGAAAUCGCUAUGUUACCACCGGGCGAUCGCGAAAAGGUUAUUGAGCUACGUAAUCAGCUUCGGCAAAGUGUAUAG